AAUUAAAACCCCAUCUCUCAUUUCAGAGAAACGGCAAUAAGAAAACCAAAACGGCAUCGUUCUCUGUGUAGGGUUUAUGCCUAAACCCCUCCAACACAGUUCAAAAUCCUCUUAAGUUUCAGCACAAAUUGAACACCAUCCAUGAAUGAUCAGACAAACCCUCAAAUUCUUCGCUCGCUUGCGAAGAACCUCAAAGCCCCAAUGUCCUUUGACCUGCAACAAGCUCCUCCAUAACCUCAAUAGGUCCAACUGCGGUGACCUCUCUCUCAAAAUCCUCUCUGAUUUGGUCUCCAAAGGGUACAAUCCUCACCCCUCUUCAUUCAAUUCAGUUAUCUCCUUUUUGUGUAAACUGGGUCAUGUCAACUCGGCCCAGAAGCUCACAAUUUCAAUGCCGAUUUUCGGGUGCCGGCCCGAUAUUGUAACAUACAAUUCUUUGAUUAAUGGGUACUGUAAACUCUGUGAUAUUGAUGAGGCUUGUUUAGUGAUGAAGAUGAUAAGGGUAGGAGGGUGUAGGCCUGAUUUGGUUACUUUUAAUACAUUGUUUAGUGGGUUCUGUAAGGUUAAGAUGAGGAAAGAAGUGUUUGUGUAUAUGGGUUUGAUGUGGAAGUGUUUUGAACCGAAUGUGAUUAGUUAUAGUACACUGAUAGAUAUGUUUUGCAAGAUGGGGGAUUUGGAUUUGGGAUAUAGGGUUUAUGGUUAUAUGGUGAAGGAUAAGGUGUCGCCGAAUUUGUUUGCUUUUACUUGUUUGAUUGAUGGGUAUAGUAAGGCUGGUAAUUUGGAGGUUGCGAUUGAAUUGCUUGAGGGAAUGAAGAAAUCGUUAGUUUUACCGAAUGUGGUGACUUAUGGUGCUUUGAUUGAUGGGCUGUGCAAGAAUGGGAAGUUGGAAAGAGCUGAGCGUUUGUUUUGUGAAAUGGUGGAAGAUGGGGUUCGGCCUAGUUCAGCGGUUUACACUUCAAUGAUAGAUGGGCAUUUCAAGAAAGGAAAUGUAGGUGAGGCCAUGAAGUAUAUGAGUAAAAUGCAGGAUGGAAGGGUUAGUCUUGAUGCUGCUGCAUAUGGAGUGGUGAUCUCAGGCCUCUGUAAUAAUGGUCAGUUCGAUAAUGCGAUGCGAGUUGUUACAGAUUUUGCCACGAGUGGUUUUUCUCCAGAUAAGAUGUUGUUGACGACCAUUAUGGAUGCAUGUUUCAAAGCUGGCGAUUUGAAAGCAGCUUUGGGUGUCUACAGACUGUUAGCAAAGGUUUUUGAACCAGAUGCUGUGGUGCUUUCAGCUUUGAUGGAUGGCUUAUGCAAGCAUGGGCAUUUGGAGGAGGCAAGAGGCUACUUUUGUAAGGAAAAGGCUAAUGAAAUUUCAUAUACUGUGAUCAUUGAUGGGAUGUGUAAGGAAGCAAACUUUAGUGAAGUUGAGAUGAUCUUCAGUGAGAUGUCCGAGAUGGGGUUUACUCCAGACAAAUAUGUAUACACUUCUUGGAUUGCUGAGCUAUGCAGACAGGGUAAUCUGGUCGAGACUUUUAGACUUAAGAAUAAAAUGGUUAAAGAGGGCAUCAGACCUGAUCUGUUUACUUAUAGCUCACUUAUUUUUGGUUUAGCAAGUAAGGGACUCAUGGUUGAAGCACAACAGGUUUUCGAUGAUAUGUUGAAAAGAGGAAUUACUCCUGACCGUCACGUCUUUGGUAUUCUGAUGAGAGGGUAUUGUGAUGAGGGUAAUGAUGUUGCCAUUUUAGGUUUGCACGAUGAAAUGAGAAAGAGAGGGCUUGUAGUCACAGGAGGUAAAGGAGAUGGAGAGCAUUGAUUUGUGAUAGCAUGUAAGGCUCCACAAGACCAAGGACUUUGCAGGGUGUUCCAUAAAGAAACUUGCUGUCAUGCGCCGCAAGCACAGCCUGCACUGCUAUCUAGUAGAGAGUCGUCUUCAAGAGGAGAAGCUGGCUCAGAGUUCUUGCAAUAUCAUGAUGUGAUGUCUUCAAGAAAGCCGUCUUUCAAGAGGGGAACCAAGACGUCGAUUUUCUGUCAGAUUUGCAGGUGACUAUUUUGAGCAACAAAUUAAUUGCAAUCACAACAGUGGAGUGGUCUGCUCAUUAUUUUCUUUCACUGAUUCUUUCUUUUAUUAUUGUCUAUAGUGGUUAUAUUUCAGUAUGCAUACCUAGCUCUUAUUGUAUUCUUAUGAAGUGUUUGAUUUUGCGGUAGUGAUGAAUCACAGGGAGGAGUCUUGCAAGACCUCCAAAUUGGAGUUUCCUGAUGCAGACACAUGUUAAGAGAUCAAAACUUCCUUCAGAUGCAGCUGACUCUGUGAUGGAAGCUGUCCCAUUAUUGACAAAUGUUCUGCAAUAUCAUGAUGCUAAGGUUUUGGAGCAUGCUUCUGUAUGUCUGACCCAAAUUGCUGAAUCAUUUGCAUCAUCGCCUGACAAACUUGACGAACUAUGACAAGCUGGUAUUUUGUAGAGCAACAUUGACCAGAUUUGUGCCUGAAGAUGCGUGAUUCUAUGCAGCCUACCCCUCAUGCUCAAAGCAAAUGACGAAAAAGCCACAGAGUCAACUACUAAUCUGGCCAGAUCAUAAAAUGCAGCAGCCACUUUACAGUUUGUGGCCUUGAAAAUCAGUGCUUACUAUGUACUCUUACCGUACAUUUUCGAAAGCAAGAGGGAGAGGUUGCAAUCAUAUUCUGAUUUUCUACUUAAAGGUUGUACUGGUCCGCAGAACGAUAACGCAUGGAUUAAGUGCAUCGAGGUACAACAGUGGGUUGCAAUGUAUGAGAGUGAUAAUGCACCAUGGAAGAGACCAACGUCGUUCCGGCGAACAGCAGGCAGACUAACGUCUCUCCGACCACUGACACAGAAACCUACGACGUCGUUUCGGCGACCAAUACCGAGGUCAACGUCAUUCCGGCGACCAACGACUUCAGUUCCGUUUUCUCAUAUUACAAUACCCAACCUCCCAUCUCUGAGGGCCAUCAGCUUCUUGCCGGCACAAAUCAGGUCGAAAAUGAGGCCCAGUCAACUACUCGUUCCUCUUGGGUUGCGGGGACAGCUCACUUAGACGGCUCAAGAGAAUGGAUGUCAGGCCCGUCUACUUUUCUCUCAGCCCAGUUUCGGCUUACGCCUGAGGAAAAAGGAUCGACUGAAAAAAAUCCUGAGCAAGACCCUGCAUAUCCUUGGUGGGAGCAUCCCGAUUAUAUCGGAAACAAAUACGCUGACAUUGGUAACGGGGAAUCAUACUCGGGAGGACCGAGGGUGCUGCUGGGAUUGAGUAACGGCGAGGCAGUAUCACCCCUUGAACUUGUUGAUUGAGUAACGGCGAGGCAGUCUGCACAUAAGAGUGUGUGGAGCUUUUACCGUCAUGAUUAGAGAUUUAGAGAUUAGGAUUUUCUUUACUUUGAGGCUUAAAACAUGGAUUUUGAAGAGUAAAAGUAACUUCUAGUGGCUUGCUAAGUACUUGGUACUUGAACUUGUAAGAUUUUACGUAUUUUAAUGAAUAAAUGUAUAUUUAUCUA